ACACCUCUGUCUCUCUUGGGUUCAACCCGCAUCGUUAUACACCUUGGCUAUAGUACUUAUUCUCGCAAAGUCGCCGGUCCUUUUACGAGGCGUCGCGGCUCUUCUUCCCUCGUUAUAUGAGAAUAUAUCGAGAUAUUCUUACUCAUCGCCACUCGUUCUUUCAAUCAGCUCCCGUCGCUACCAUGAUGGACGCUAAAAUGGCUGUUCUCAUCCUCGCGAUGUUGAACACCAUGGAUGCUAUGGCGCUGCCAGCAGUGCGGCCUGCAGUGCCCGCCCUCCCCGUCGUCCCUGGAAUCCCUGUUCCAAUCCCAGGAUUACCCUUCAGCACUGCGCAGUCGGGUGCUAUUUCGCUUGGCAACGUUCAAGCAUCUGGCGGAGGAUUCCCCCAGCCUGGUCUCACGAAACGUGAGGCUGCCCCGGUAGCUGAGCCGCUUGAUCUCCCGCUCUUGGGCGGCCUUCCUCUCCCUACUUCGGUUCUUGGUGCCCUGCCCCUUCCUACCAGCGCUGUAGGCAGUCUCCCUAUACCUACUGGUGUUCUAGGCAGUCUUCCUGUGCCUACCGGAGUUCUUGGUAGCUGACUUCCUUCAUUGCCAAUCGUUGGUAGCGGGCUCCCCUCAUUGCCAGUCGUUGGUGGACUUCCUAUUCCUACCGCCGGCCUCCCGAUUGUCGGUGGCGGAGGCCUCGGCGGCUUCCCGUUCCCACGACCGGCCUUCCGAUCGUUGGUGGUGGCGGGCUUCCUUCGUUACCAAUUGUUGGUGGCGGGCUGCCUUCACUGCCAGUGGUCGGUGGACUUCCCCUUCCUACGGCCGGCCUCCCAAUAGUUGGCGGUGGCGCGGUCCCUUCAUUACCAGU